CCAGAUCAUAAAUUCAUCAAGUAAAUCUCUCUCUCUCUCUCUUCUUUCUCUCUCUUAAAAACAGGCGCAGGCCACCCAACUCAACAGAACUGCACCAACAUUAACAGAAUCUCCAUUUCUAGAGAGAGAAAACAAAACUCAAUCCAUACAUACAUAUAUAGAUUUUUUAGAGUGAGAGAGAAAACCUAUGUUCUAGCUAUAUAUACAUAUAUAUAUGUAUAUAUAACCUGAGUAGAAAAAACCUGCACAUACAUACAAAAAUCUCGAACGUUCUCCUCAGUAAAUGCAAUGUAUACUCGCAAAUGCAAUUGAACAGCGGAGAUUUUUUUUGCUGAUGUACGAUAGAUCUUGAAUCUUACCAGAGGAAUAUUCCGUUUCUCGAUCGAUAGUGAAACGGUUCGAGGAACGGCAAAUUGUUGAUCCAACUCCUUCCACAUUCGGAGUCGGUUUUUUUUUUUUUUUUAAUAAUUAAUUUCAGAUUUGAAUUCGUAGUCGAAUUUCAGUUGGCGGAAUUGAAUUGGGGAAGUAUUCGGAAAGAAUUAAAUAAUCGUAAUUGAAGACGGAGUAGGAGCAGAGGAAUGGAUGAUAGAGGAGGAGGAGGAGGAUCGUUCGUGGCGGUGAGGCGAAUUUCUCAAGGAUUGGAUCGAGGAAAUGCUUGCCAUUCUACUUCUGUGGAGAUUGUGGCAGGAUCUGCUGCAUGGCUAGGCAGAGGCCUUUCAUGCGUUUGUGCUCAAAGAAGAGACAGUGAUGCUCGGCCAUCAUUUGAUUUGACAGCUUCGCAGGAGGAAUGCCUACAUAGGCUACAGAGCCGGAUAGAUGUUGCUUACGAUAGCUCUGUUCGCGAACAUCAGGAAGCUUUAAGGGCAUUGUGGCAUGCAGCCUUUCCUGGGGAAGAACUCUGUGGUUUAAUAUCAGAGCAGUGGAAGGAAAUGGGUUGGCAGGGAAAAGACCCAUCUACAGAUUUUAGGGGUGGAGGUUUCAUAUCGUUGGAAAAUUUGUUAUACUUCGGCAGGAACUUUCCGAAAUCUUUUCAGGAUCUUCUUCGGAAGAAGGAAGGUGAUCGAGCCAUGUGGGAAUACCCCUUUGCUGUAGCUGGUGUGAACAUCACCUUCAUGCUUAUUCAGAUACUUGACCUUGAAGCAGUGAAGCCCAGAACGCUUGUUGGGGCAACCUUCUUGAAGUUUCUUGCAGAAAAUGAAGCAGCGUUUGACCUUUUAUAUUGUAUCACAUUCAAACUAAUGGAUCAUCAAUGGCUUGCCAUGCAUGCUUCUUACAUGGAUUUCAAUACUGUGAUGAAAGCUACUCGGCGACAGCUGGAGAGGGAGCUUCUGCAAGAAGACAUUGCACGACUUGAAGACUUACCCUGCUACAGCCUUCUCACUCAAUAGAUAGCUCUCCCGUUUUUUUUUAUCCAGGGUAUGAAUAGAAGCUUCCAAGCAAGAUGAUUCUAUAUCUUCAGGUUGUAGGUUUUUUGGGCUUUUUCGGUUAUUUUCGACUGAUUAUUCGGAAUGGAUAAAAAGAGGCACUUAUAAGCUAGUCUGUAAUGCUAAAGCAAGUAAUUAGAGCUUUUCAAUUCCUUUGCUGCAA